AUAGAGUCCUCGACAAAGAACUGAAUGCUGGAGGCCCACUUGAUGUACAUGUCCUUAUUCUCCUUCGGCGGCACGCGCCACCCGUCCGCGCCACCGACGAUGUACCUCUUACCAAUUGGAACCGGCGGAACGAGCCCAACACCAGCGCCAGCGCCCUGCACGGACUCGGCAGCAGCGAUGAGUAGUACGAAGAAGAAGCUGAACAGCUGAGCCAUCGAUUGAUCAAAAUUUAGUGAACACUGGGUAUGGCUUGCGACUGAUCACUACACUGUUUGCGGGCGCGACGUGGAUGUGCAGAGCUGAGCCAUGGUUUAUAGGGGGAGGGAGUACGAAAGAUGAGGAUGUGCAUGAUGGCGUGAGGGGAGGAGCGAAAGAAUAGGCAGGAUGGCGCGAGGGGACGUCAAGACCAAGUGGAGAGCGAUCCGCGGUGUAAUUUGGCGGGUUAGUUGCUUCGGUUACCGAGACUUGGAAGAUUUAGUUUUUUGAGGGGAGACGAAGAAUUGGUCUGUACUCCUGUAGAUCAGGGGAAGCACCCAAGAUUGAACCGAAAGUUAACUUGCCUGAGCUGCCUCCUCUUUCCUCCUGCGAGCUUUGCUUCCGCACCCCGUAAUCCUCAUCGCCGCAGUCUUCUCCCACGGCACUCAACGCAUCUCAUGGCAUGGCGCCCCGGCCUUACAUAGCCGCUCGCCCCCGGGCUCUCGCCAGCUCCCAUGCCAGAAACGCGGAGCGACCUGCCGAUGGAGCCGUCGUUCGGGUCCAACUCCGCGACCACCGAGGAGGCGUCGACCCGGCGCGUGGCCAACCGCAUCAUCCGCGCGCUGCAGCACCACCUCCUGCUGCUGCACCGCGCCGGCGCGGACUUCUUCGUGCUGGGCGCCACGGGCAACGUGUACACGGUGACGCUGGCGACCACGCCGGCGUGCACGUGCCCCGACCCCGGCGCGCCCUGCAAGCACAUCCUCUUCGUGCUGCUCCGCGUCCUCGGCCUGUCCCUCGACGAGGCCUGCGUGUGGAGGCAGUCGCUGCGGCCGUGCCAGGUCGCUCGGCUCGUCGCCGCGCCGACUUACCCGGAGGUGCUCGCCGGCCCUCGCGCCCGGGAGAGGUUCCACCAGCUGUGGGCGGCCCACGUGGCGGCCGCAGCCGCAAAGGCCGCCGACCAGCGCCGGCAGGAUUCCGCCGGCCCGUCGUCGGGCCGCCUCGACGGCGCCGCAUGCCCGGUGUGCCUCGAGGAGAUGGCGCCGUCGGCAGAGGCACAAGGCGGCGCGGCGGCAACGGGGCCGGCGCCGCUGCUGACGUGCGGCACGUGCCGGAACUCGGUGCACGCCGAGUGCUUCGCGCGGUGGAAGCGCAGCCGGGCGCGGCGGGCGGCGACGUGCGUCGUGUGCCGCGCGAGGUGGCGGAAGCCGAGCCGGGACCGGGAGCAGGACCAGCAGCAGUACAUGAACCUGUCGGCGUACAUGCACGAGGAGAACGACGCGGUGGACAUGCAGGUCGAGGACGGGGCUCCGUGUGGCGGAUAGAGGAACUCGUUACGGCAGUUCAUACUGUAUGAAAUUUAAGAAGCUGUACAGAGGGUGUAGCGUCCCGAUUCAUUCGGUCUCGUGAUAAUUCUUUCUUAAUUUUCUUAGGAUCUGACUUUAAUUGACUUGUUACAUGCAUGUGUACAGAAUUUCUAUGUCAAUAAAAUCACUGUAUUCUGAAGAAAUUAUCGAUGAUGACAGUGUGUGCUGUUAUUUGGGG